UUUACUAACCGUCUGACAGCUUCAAUGGUUCAAUAAUCAUGGUCCAUACCCAAACUGCUUUACUUUUGUUGGUCGUGGUUCGAAAUAUAUAUUCCACAACAGUGAUGUUAUCGCCCUCUAUCCUUCACGCCAAGUAUUGGCAUACCCUCACGCAACAAACGAGUGUCGCUCCAAUUAGUUGUGUUCUCAGGUGUGAGGCUGACACAUGUCCAGGUGUGGCCUUUGACAGAGAAAAAAAUCUUUGCCAUUUUGGGUUCCCCCAAACCACCCCCAUCAGUUAUGAAGAAGAUACAUACUUGGAAAUAUGGAAAGUCAAGCCCUUGGACGAAUAUGUGCCUCCUCCAACCGGGAUUCUCAAAUACCUGCCCCGAAACGACUGUGCUCUCUAUUCGGGAUGGAUCAAAGAAUCCAAUGGAAAGCGCUACCAAAUUAACUCUUCACCCCUGACCAAGGCCGAACACGAAACCCUUUGUAGAGAUCAGGGAGCCCUUUUGUCCAUGGUCAAAACCAAGUUGGACGAAGACAUCAUUUCGAGUCUUAUUGGAGAGAGCGAAACCUGGAUUGGAAUAACCAACGUUCACAAUGCGAGUUGUUGGAAUGCAUCUUGUGAUGGUCACCUCGUUUGGAGUGACGGCACCAUGUUCAAAUAUGAUUCCGACAUAUACUCGAAAGUGAUUAGCAUUGGAGCUGGACACGCCUGUUCUCGUAUCCAAGGCUCACAGUACAACGACAGCAAUUGCUUGGCCCUCUUCGCGGGCGUUUGUGAAGUAACAUGUGAUUGAUAGAUAAACUAAAAAUCAAAUUGCAACCUUUGAUGGGUGAACUUUGGUGUGGUAACAAUGAAGUAUGUUUGUCGGAAAGUAAUCCAUUUCGGAUUCGAAAUUAUCAAGGACCUCAAUGAUGGAUUGCCGGAAAGUUAGUCGCCAUUGUCGCAUGAUACCUUUUCAAUCAUUGAUUUUUCGUUUGAACGUAUGUCUUGAGGCCGAUUUUAUAAACAAGUCAAACUAUUCCAAAUUUCAGACACCCCGUGCCAUCUCUAAGAACGUUGUGAAAAUGGAAAAUUCAUGAUAAGGCAAAAAUAAAACAAAGUAACAAAUUUCUAUCGAUUCAUUGCACCAUUUUUUUCCGACAACCGAUGCUAUUUCAAAAAUAGUAGUAGUAACAAUCAAGUGUCAAAAAAUGACCAAGUGCAACCAUUCGUCUCUUGAAAUUUCGAAAACUCCGAAAAAUUAACAACCAAUUCAUGUUUGAAUCAAC